AUGGAUUUCGAAAAGCUCAAGAAAAACCGAACUGUUAUUAGAGCAGCUGUCACGAAAAUAACGAAUGCUAUUGAAGGUUUGAUUAAAGUAGAUCAAAUACAUUCAGAGCCCCUAGAAGAGCAAUUAAAUCAAUUGCAUAUUAAAGCAGAACUUUUAAAGAAAAUUGAUGAAGAUAUCGAACCGUUGUUAGAAUUAGAAGAAUACGAAAAAGAACUGGUAUCAGCAUAUGAAUACGCUGAAAAAAUUUCGAACACAAUAUUUCGCGCUCAAAGAAAAUUAAAGGAAAUUAAAUCCUCUAAUAAUAGCCAAGCGAACAUGAGCGAGAAAUUAAUACACGAAACAAAACACGUGAAGCUUCCAAAAUUGAACAUUCAAAAGUUUUACGGUGAUUGUACCCAAUUUUAUUCUUUUUACAACACUUUCAAAAUCUCGAUUCAUGAAAAUGAAACGCUUUCAAAAACUGAGAAAUUUAACUACCUAAAAAGUUAUUUGGGUGGCCCUGCAGCUAAUGCAAUUGCGGGUUUUGAAAUUUCAGAUGAAAAUUACGACUCUGCGCUUCAAAUAUUAAAAGAACGAUUCGGAAAAAAAGAUGUCAUAAUUAACAGCCAUAUGAACAAAUUGCUUAACUUAUCUCCUGUUUACAAAAUUACCGACAUUCCAAAGCUAAAACGGAUUCACAAUGAAAUAGAAGUUAACGUUCGGUGCCUUUCAGCUUUAGGAUUGGAGUCAAAUUCCUAUUCUGCAAUGCUGUUAGCAGUAGUAUUGAAAAUAAUCCCCCAUGAAUUGGCAUUGGAAUAUAAUCGACAAAAUAAAAAAAUCUCUUGCGUUCCAGACAUAAAUCAAUUCUUGAAUUUCUUGCAAACAGAAAUUUUAACAAGAGAACGAACUUAUUCGUGUAGGUCGAAGUCAUUUGAAUCAAACAGUAAGAAUAAAAAUUCAACUUUGACAAGACAAGAUAGACAAGAUAGCGCUAGCAUUUCCACCAGCGGUUUUUUCGUUGCUGCGAAGAAGGGAAAUGAAGCUUUCGCUGAUAAGAAAACGGAUAAUUGUUUAUUUUGUAAAAAAGAACACGAUGUUCUCAACUGUCGCUUAAGUGUUGAGAAAAAGAGAAACGUAUUGAAGAAUCAAGGUAGAUGCUUUUUGUGCCUUGGAUUAAGACACCGUUUGAAAGAUUGUUUAUCGGGAAGGAAUUGUAAGUACUGUUCCGGUAAACAUAAUGAAAAUAUUUGCUAUAAGUUUAACAAUUUGGCUAACGAUAAAUCUAAUAAAGAAUCUCUUAUGGGCGAUGGGACGGAAAAUGUAAUUUCUGCUGUAUCGCAUAUGGGAAAUAAAAAUAGGACUCUUUUGCAAACGAGUUACGUGUUAGCAAAAAAUGAAAACUUAGAUUUGAACUGUGGUACACGCGUUUUACUGGACUGUGGUUCGAUGCGUAGCUUUACCACGCAAAACAUAGCUAAUAAAUUAAAAUGUAAAGUACUAAGGAAAGAAAAAUUAUCAGUGUACACAUUUGGAAGUAAAACCCCGAUCGAAAAAUACUACGAUGUCAUCAAACUUACGUUAAUCAACAGAAACACUCCCGACUUAAAAAUAGAAAUUGAACUGUUGGUUACAGACGAAAUAUCAGGAUCAAAUAUUCCCCCUCCCGAAGUUGAAGACUUAGAGUGUAUGAAACAGUUGAAAAAUUUGACACUCGCGGAUUUUCCAGAAAGUAAAGAACCCAUUACAAUUUUAAUUGGUGCUGAUUAUUAUUAUAACGUUGUAACGGGAAAUAUUAAGCAUUUGAGCAAAACACUAGUUGCAGUUGAAACAAUUUUCGGUUGGUGUUUACAAGGGAAAAAGAGUGAAAAUAACUUUUCCUUAAUGAUGAAUGUAGUCGUAGAAAAUAGCGCGAUUUCAGAACAAAUUCAGAAGUUUUGGGACUUAGAAACUUCAGGUCUUAUUGAUUCGAAGCAAGAUGCUGACCCAACAGAAAGUGAAAUCAUGAGACAAUUCGAGUCUCAGGUCAAAUAUGAAAACAAAAGGUAUACAGUGGGAUUACCAUGGAAAUUAGAAAAGCGGGAUUUAAAAGAUAAUAGGAAGAUAGCUGAAGAGAGAUUUUCUAGACUUAGAAAAAGAUUUUAUAGAAACCCUGAGUUGUAUUUUGAAUACAAAAAUGUGAUAGAAGACUAUUUACGACAAAAAAUUAUUGAACCAGUUAUUAACCCAGAUGAGGAAGACGAAGUUAAAUUUUACCUGCCCCACAGAGAAAUAAUUAGGAAAGAUCGUGAGACGAGUAAAUUGCGUAUAGUUUUCGAUGCCUCCUCUCAUGAUUCUAAUUGUUUAUCUUUAAAUGACUGUCUUCAUAUAGGUCCAAAUUUAUAUUCUGAAAUAUUUGAUAUUUUAUUGAGAUUUCGCUUUCACCCCAUUGCUUAUACCACGGACAUGAAACAAGCAUUUUUGCAAAUUUCACUCAACGAAGAAGAUAGAGAUGUUACUCGUUUUUUCUUUACCGAUGACCCCUCAGACGAAUCUAUUGCACCCCAGGUUUAUAAAUUUACGCGCGUUCUAUUCAGGAUUAGUAGCAGUCCGUUUUUAUUGGCAGGAACUUUGAAAUAUCAUCUGAAACAGUAUACUGAAAAAUAUCCGGUGGCUACAAAAUUUUUAAAUGAUAAUAUUUAUGUCGAUGACAUCAUCGGUAGUCAUGCAUCUGUAGAUGAAGCCUUAUCUCAUACAUUAGGGUCCAUAGCAAUUUUCGAAGAUGCUAGUUUGUCACUACACAAGUGGCGCACUAAUUCGAAGACCCUACGCGAAUUAUGGAAAAAACAAGGAGUGAUUUCGAGUGAUAAUGCCGAAUCCCUCAAAGAAGAAAAUAUGACUUACAAAGUCUUGGGUAUAGCAUGGGACAACUUAAAGGACAUUCUUUAUUUUGAUGUUGGAGAUCUAGUCAAAUUUGUUUCUAGAGGAACUGACACUAAACGUUACGUGCUCCAGGUCUUAGGACGCAUCUUCGAUCCUAUCGGAAUUUUAGGUCCUUUUACAGUGAGAAUUAAAUGUUUGAUGCAACAGAUUUGGGCGUUAUGUAUUGAUUGGGAUGACAGAUUACCCGAAGAUCUAAGUUCGUUAUGGAGAAGCUGGUGCGAAGAAGUUCCUCAACUGACGGAAAUUUCAAUCCCACGCCACUAUUUUUCCGAAAACCUAAAUAUUGAUAUCAAGACUCUUGAACUUCAUUUCUUUUGUGACGCAAGUAUGAAAGCAUUUGGAACAGUUGCCUACAUGCGUGCUUUAUCUCGAAAUGAAGACGUUCGAACAGCCUUCGUAGCUUCUAAAAACAGAUUUGCUCCGAUAAAAUCGCUUACAUUGCCUCGGCUGGAGCUCAUGGCUGCAGUCAACCCUUCAGAUACCUUGUCGAGGGGAGCAAAGGUUUCUAAACUGCUAGAAGAUCCAACCUGGCUGACAGGACCGCAGUGGCUAAAAAAUUCUCCAGAAUACUGGCCGAAGUCAGAAAAUGAUGAAGCAAUAAAUACAGAAGAAUUAGAAUACAGAAAGAAAUCGAAGGACAUCUUUCAGUGUGAAUGUCUUGUUGAAGAAAAGGAAAAUCCAAUCAACAUUACUAAAUUUAGUAAUAUGGAGAAGUUGGUAAGGAUUACAGCUUGGGUGAAGAAGUCGAUCAUGAAAUUUAGAAAGAUUUCUAAUAUAGGAAAUACAUUGACCGCUGAAGAAUUAAUAGAAGCUGAGAAUCAUCUCAUAAGAUUAGAACAGAAGAUCUUUUUUAAAGAAGAUUACGAAUCCUUGAAGAAUGGGGAACCGAUUCAAAAAGAUUCUGAUUUGUUUAACUUUUUGCCAUUCAUGGAUGAAAAUGAAAUUAUCAGACUAGGAGGAAGAUUAGAAUUUGCUGAAUUAUCUACAGAAGAAAAACAUCCUAUUAUUCUUCCAAAACGGUCCUGGCUGACAUUUUUAAUCGCGAAAAGAGAACAUGAGAAAGUGAUGCACGGUGGAACAGCUUGUACUUUAGCGAGAAUUCGGCAACGUUUCUGGAUUCCAAAGGGACGGCAAUUAGUCAAGAGUGCAAUCAAAAAGUGUCUAAUCUGCCAAAAAUAUCUUUCAAGGGCUGCUAAUCAAAUUGCAGCUCCGUUGCCGCUUGACAGAAGUAACACCUCGCCUCCAUUCUCAGUUUGCGGAUUGGAUUUUGCGGGUCCAAUUUAUGUGAAAAUUUUUACAGAAGUUCGAAAAUCUUAUAUAGUUUUGUUUACAUGUGCAGUUACUAGAUCAAUUCACCUUGAACUCGUUAGCGAUAUGACUACAGAUUCCUUCUUAUUGGCACUUCGAAGAUUUUUAGCUAGAAGAGGAAACUGUAAGGUAAUCUAUUCGGAUAACGCGAAAACCUUUAAAAGGGCGAGAAAAGAAAUAGAAGACUUAUCAAAAAUUAUCUCUGACAAAUUACUUUCGCAAUUUCUGACUAAAGAAAGAAUAGUUUGGAAAAAUAUAGUUGAAAGAGCUGCUUGGUGGGGAGGUUUUUACGAGCGACUUGUGAAAUCAGUCAAAGAUUGCUUGCGGAAAAUUGUAGGGAAAGCUUUAUUAAAUUUUGAAGAAAUGUCUACAUUGCUUACAGAAAUAGAAACCGUCCUCAACUUGCGACCGCUAACUUACGUCUAUAAUGAAAAUAGUGAACCUUUGCCUUUGACACCAAUGCACUUCCUAAAUUUUGGACGAGAACCUCAAUAUCCUAUCAAUUUCGCUGAAAUUGUAGAAAAUGAAUCGAAAAGAUCUUCACUUUUGAAACGGAAAAAAUAUCAAUCUCUUCUUCUCCGGCAAUUAUGGAUAAAAUGGAAGCAGCAACAUUUACUUGACCUCAGAACUGUUCACUCUUUGAAUAAUCCAAACAAACAACCGGCACUUAAAAUAGGAGAUGUAGUGCUCAUCGAAGAGGAUUCCAAAAACAAACUGCUUUGGAAACUUGGAAAAAUUAAAAGAGCGUUUCUCGGACGGGAUAAUAACGUACGCUCAUACGAAGUUAAAACAGCUUCUGGACUUUUGCGGAGAACGAUACAACACUUGUAUCCCUUGGAACUUUGA